AAUCAGUGGUGCGGGAACUUGGAACCGCGGAGGCGCCGGGAGCGGCCGAGCACGCACCCCGUCGGGGCACGCGGCCAGGACGCUCCCGGGCUUCUCCCGGACGCCAGCCUCUGUCCCCGGACCCCGAAGGCCGAGAAGGAGCCGCGGGGCAGCCACCCUCCGCGCCCGCCAUGGGCCCGCGCCGCCGGAGCCGCAAGCCCGAAGUCCCGAAGAGGCGCCCCGCGAGCCCGACCCCCAGCCCCCCCCGGCGGGGCCCCUCCUUAGGCGCUUCCUCCCGUCAGCGUGGUCCCCGGAGAAGUCGGGUUCUGAAGGAGAUCCGAAAGCUUCAGAAAAGCACAGACCUGUUGUUAAGGAAGAGCCCCUUUGGCCGCCUGGCAAGAGAGAUAUGUGUUAAAUUCACUCGUGGUGUGGACUUCUACUGGCAAGCCCAGGCCCUGUUGGCCCUACAAGAGGCUGCAGAAGCAUUUCUGGUUCAUCUCUUUGAGGACGCCUAUCUUCUCUCCUUACAUGCCGGCCGCGUUACUCUCUUCCCGAAGGAUGUGCAGCUGGCCAGGAGGAUCCGAGGCAUUCAGGAAGGGCUUGGCUGAGCUCCCGCCACCUGUCUCUGUAAGCCUUUCCUGCUUGCCAGAGAGAGCGCUCUCUGGGGAGGAAGCACCCAGCAUCUCAUCGCCGGGAUGGGAGUUGCUCUGAAGGAGUUUCCAUCCUUGGUCCCUUGCUGUCUCACCUUCCCUUUGUUCUCUAGGAAAGGUUUGACUUGGUUUUAGCUUGAGCGCUUGGGAUUCUAUGGCUCAUGCGCUUUUGUGCAACGUUGAAUAAAGAUCUUUAUCUAUUUAGUAAUCACCAGGCGACAUGAAUCUGUCAGAGUUCAGCCUCUAUCUCACAAGGACCAGAUGACUCGUUUUGAUUAAGAAGAGGUUUUCUUAACUUUUGAAAAUGUCUUGUUUGGUGUCAAAUGUGAUGCCUGAAUUUCAGGGAUGAUACCAGGGACUCUGUCCGGAGCCAAGAACCGAUCCACGAAGUGCAAGGAGAUGCCUGGACUUGUUUCGGAGCGGGGUACAUGUUGCUUUUGUAACUGGUUGUUUUAAGAAGGAGAAGGCUACGUGGCUUUCCUCUGUAACAGAGGUGAUCUGUGAGAAAAUCAACAUCAUUCCAAAUGACUCAGAGUUCUUUUUAGCUAAUGAGACUCCAAGGUUCACUUCGGUUUGCAAAUUAUUCACAUGACUGCUGAAUGAUUUUGAAGACCUCAGAUUUUCUGGGUUAUGGGAAAAAAGGAUAUUUCCUUAUGGUUUUAGAUCUUCCUGUACCGCUUAAAUUUUUUGCCCCAUGUAUAUUUACUUUUCUUUAAAACAUAAGGGAAAAAAAUAAAAGCCAACCGCUUCCAUCGGUUGCAGGAAGAGCCGGGCACGCCUAGCGCUUACGUCCCUGUCCCUCGGUUACUGUCAUCGUUAGCGGCGGCGGCCAGUUCUCGUGUGAGCUUCACCUGUCCACAAGUGUGUAGCUUUUUAAAAACCCAAUUCAGGUUAAAAUAGGAAAUCUUUAAGUUCUGACGUUCUGGUUCCUUUUAGCAAAUUCCUAUCAAAGGCAUUCAGAAAUUCUAGCUUUGCAGGUUUUAUUUUAUCCUUCUUUGUGAAUCAUAGAAGACGUGUCUUCAUUUUUAUACUUUAGAAUUUGUCGUUCCAGGAUUGUAAAGCGCCUUUUCAAAGUUUUUACAAGUGUUUCUUAUAACUACUUUGCGGAGAGAGAAUAAAAAUUAGACUAAUUCUUUAAUGGCAAAAAUGUAAAGCAAAGUUUCAGUUACAGCGUAUAGAGAUACUACGUGUCGUAUGUGUGAAUGUUCAGUUCUUCAUUUGUACGCUGUUUUGCAAGUAGCCACUCCUUAAACAAGAGAAUUGAGGGGUGUGUUUUUGCCUCCCGUGGAGUAGAGUAUGUAUGAGCAGAUAAAAACGUUGCCCUUCCGUUGUCAUAACUGAAAGCAGUGUAAGAAGUUUGCAGAGAAAUGGAAAGCGCCACCAGUAGGCUUUUAAGAUUUUGCGUGUGAUGGAAAUGAUUAGCAAGGGUGGACUUCUGACACGGAUAUGCUUGGCAACCAAAUUCCAAGACUGCUGAAGGGAAGGACCAAGUUCUAUCAUUGAAUAAACUUUAGCCCUUUGGAAAAACUUCUUCCUGUUCAACAUCAAUUCCUAUUUAUGCAGACAUCUGAAUAACGCUUAUCUGUCAAUGAAUAUAUUUAAAAUGCU